AUGGCAAACUGCUUACUGCGCUUGAAGUUGGGACGUCAUCAUUACUUACUGAAGAGAGCGAUGAAUUCCAAUAAAUCCAAUCCAGAGCUUGCAAAAACCCUGCACAGAUGGACUGGAGGUGCUGUUGAUUUGACAUCUUCCGGCGGUAUUGCAAGAUUAAUGUUGAAUCGUCCAGAGAAGAGUAAUUGCCUUUCCGGAGAAAUGAUGAUACAGUUUAGACAAAAAACAGAGGAAUUAUCGACGUUUUCCGACUGCGGUGUGCUUAUAGUAGAAGGAAUUGGGCGAUCAUUCUGCAGUGGCGCUGAUCUUGGACUCAUAAAUGAGAUCAGUUCCUCUUCAUUAGGAUGUGCAAUGUUCCACUAUAUGGCUGGUACACUUUCCAAAAUUCACUCCUCUCCCUUAGUGAGCAUUGCACGGCUCCAUGGACACUGUUUAGGAGGCGGGUCGGAAAUUGCCUCUUCCUGUGAUCUCCGCUUCGCUCAUAAAGAUGCCAAGAUCGGAUUCCUUCAAUCACGAAUGGGAAUUGUUCCAUCUUGGGGAGGCGCAACGUACUUGCCCACAAUCGUUGGCCGAAGUCGCGCUCUAUACCUGAUGACUACUGCACCAAUUCUUACUUCACAGGAGGCAAAAGAGAUCGGUUAUGUCGACGUGGUAUACAACGAAGAGGAAGAGUUUCAGGAAUUGGUGUCCUGUAUGUUGAGAAAUGGUGAAGAUGUAUGCAAAGCACAGAAAGCAAUGCUUAAAGCACUGACUCAGGGAGAAGAUGCUCAAUACGACGUAGUACGUUCCGUCUGGGGAAGUAGCGCACAGAAAACUGCUAUACAACGGCAGAUGAAAGCAGUCAUGAAUAAAAAGUCAUGA